AUGCACUUUGACUACAGUUCUAUAGUGAGGCCCAACAUAAUAGCUUUAAAAUUGCUAGGCUUUUGGAAGAGUUCUUGCCCGACCUCAUUAUUCAACACAAUAUGGUAUAGCGGUUACGUGGUAGGAGUGACACUACUCGAAUUUUUCUUCGAAGGCACAGGUUUCCUGUUCCUGUACGACAAGUGGGAAAGUUUAUCUUUGGUAGACAUCAAUUCUGUAAUCUUCAUCUACUCAACUGGAAUGUUAAACUUAAUGAUGAUGCUAACUAUAUAUUUUCAUAUAGAGCCUAAGUCACAACACCAAUUUGAAGAUGUUAUAAGGUGGAAAGCGACGGCUCGUUUAUUUCAGAAGGUUUGUGGAAAAGGUGCAACGACUAUGUGGGAUAGGAUUAUUUUGUGA